AUGACGCAAGUACCUACUGCUAAAUCCACGGGGGGUGUACUUCAGAUCCCUGCGGCAGCCACUCAGAAAAACAGCAUUGCAACCCCCAAGAAAGCACUUAAACCUGCAGCGCCUCGACUCAAAUUACUUGUGAGGCGACUGCCUCCCGGCUUAACGCAGGCAGAAUUCGAAACUGCAUUGGGUGCCGAUUGGAAAACCGGAGCUGGGAAGGUGGACUGGUUUCAAUAUAAACCUGGCAAAGUUUCGAAGGAAAGCCCCGCCAAACCUUCCCGCCCCUCACGCGCCUAUAUUCACGUUCUCUCAAGCGAUCACAUUAUUGCUCUUUCGUCUCAAGUCCGUCAAACGUCCUUUACUGAUGCUCGCAAUACCUCGAAUGACCCCGUUCUUAUUGGACCUCCUUCCGUCGAAUACGCACCGUACGCUAAAAUCCCCGGGAACCGUGUGCGAAAGGAUGCGCGUCAAGGAACCAUCGACCAAGACCCCGAAUUCAUCUCUUUCCUCGAGAGUUUAACACAGCCUAUUGGGAAGCCCGCGGCCGUCGAAUCCAGUAUCGAUGGAGAAGAAAAGAAGGAUACGGUGAUCACGACACCGUUGGUACAAUACAUCAAAGAAAAGAAGGCCAACAAGUCGAAGGAAAGCUCUAGCAAAUCGUCCAAACACUCAAAAUUGGACAAGGAUGGCAAGACCGAGAAAGUUCAAGCCAAGAAGCUCCUCCAGCGUACGGACAAGGACUCUUCUCAGUCGGGCUCGGCAGAAAAGGCAGAGAAGAAAGGCAAGGCCGACAAGGCCACUAAAGAGGCAGUAAAAGCUGCUACUAAGGCUGCCAGUGUCUCAAAACAGAAUACCAAGUCAUCUGGGGCACAGAGCUCCCCCCGGGAGACAAGCCAAUCAGCCUCGACCACCGAGCGAAAAAGAGAACGUGGGAAUGUAGCGGCCGCAGCCAAGAUACUUCAGCGUGACCUAGGACUGGCUCCAUCUGGUGGUCGUCGCAAAGGUGGUAAGGCUACUGCCGCUGCUGAGUCCGAUACAUCGAAAAAUGAACAAACAGAAGCAGGCAAGAAGGAAACAUCUGCAAAACCGUCCAAGGGAACCGGGUCGUCACAGAAUGCAAAAGGCAAAGGUCAAAUCGCGCAACCCAUCGAGACAACAUCGUCUCAAGGACAGCCUGGAAUAAAAGCAUCUCCCGCACCACCGUCCCAAGGUAAAUUAUCGAAGAGUACAAAAGGAAAACAGGCAUCGACAGCCCCAAAUCCUACAGCCACGCAAGCAUUCCUAAAACAUGCCAACCCAUCACAAGGUGUCACGGAACCCUUACUAGAGACUGCAUUCUCGCCAUUUGGAAAAAUACUGAAGGCUGAAAUCGACAAAAAGAAGGGAUUCGGUUACAUUGACUUUGCCGAGCCAGACGGACUACAGAAAGCGAUUGCAGCCAGCCCGGUCUCGGUUGCUCAGAGUCAGGUCGUCGUACUAGAGCGAAAGGCGAACCCUGGAGGGGAAAAAGGCCGUGGUAAGGGUCGCACUGAUACACAGACAUCCCCAAGCGCUGGAGGUGGCAACAACAACAACAGUCGUGGUGGCAGUAAGACAGGUGAAGGGGGAGCUGGAUCCUCUCGUGGGUCACGCGGUGGUCGAGCCAAAAACAAAAGUGGCACGAAAGGGGGUGGAAAUGGGAGCGCCAGUACAGAAGCCAAGACUACUACUACUGCAGAGGUGAAAUGA